UUUGUUCUCUCUCUCGAUCUCUCUCUGUCAAAUAAAUAAAAUCUUUAAAAAUAAAUAAAAUAAUAAACAGUAUAGAUAAGAGAUUACUAAUUUUUAGAUAAUUUCAAAAUAUUUUCUGAACUUUUUUUUCCACUGAGACAGACUGGGUAUUAAUUGUCAGUCAAGGCAGGUGUAAAACUUUUCUACAUGGAGUGUUUGUCUUUUAGGUCAUAUUGCUAAGAUGAUUUCCUUUGCUGGAAUGCUCAGUUCUUAAGAUUGUUUCACCUAGUUACUCAAGAGGAGAUUACUAAAAACUUACUUUUCAAUCCUUUUGGUUCAUGAUCCUGAAUACCAAAUCAUUGUUAUAGAAGCAAAAGAAAGCAGAUAAAGGUGAGAAACCACCUAAAAUGUGCCCAAGAUGUCAGAGCAAUGAGAAAAGAAGAUUCCUAAGAUAAGGAGAAAUAAAAAUUGCAAAGAUACUUACAAAGAAACCAAGUGGGGAUUGGAUUCAACAGUAAAGAAGUAUUGUAGAAGACCAUGAGGGGUAUUCUAGAAAAUAUUGAAGUAAAUGUAAAACUCAGAUAAUAAAUCACUACAAGGGAAUAGUGUGUGUAUGUGUGUGUGUGUGUGUGUGUGUAGGUACAGGCUAAUAUUUUUGAUAAUUGCAUUCAAGUUAAUGCACGUCUUGGAUUAAUUGUCAUUUUAGGUAUGUACAAUUAAUAGGAUUGGUUGUAAAGAAAGUACAAGAGAGCGUUGGUGGUAUAGUGAUCAGCUUUGAAAUUUAAAAACAAUGGAGAAGACUCAAGAAACAGUCCAAAGAAUUCUUCUAGAACCCUAUAAAUAUUUACUUCAGUUACCAGGUAAACAAGUGAGAACCAAACUUUCACAGGCAUUUAAUCAUUGGCUAAAAGUUCCAGAAGACAAGCUACAGAUUAUCAUUGAAGUGACAGAAAUGUUGCAUAAUGCCAGUUUGCUCAUCGAUGAUAUUGAAGACAACUCAAAACUCCGACGUGGCUUUCCAGUGGCACACAGCAUCUAUGGAAUUCCAUCUGUCAUCAAUUCUGCCAAUUAUGUAUAUUUUCUUGGCCUAGAGAAAGUCUUAACCCUUGAUCACCCAGAUGCAGUGAAGCUUUUUACCCACCAGCUUUUGGAACUCCAUCAGGGACAAGGUCUAGAUAUUUAUUGGAGGGAUAAUUACACUUGUCCCACUGAAGAAGAAUAUAAAGCGAUGGUGCUACAAAAGACAGGUGGACUAUUUGGAUUAGCAGUAGGUCUCAUGCAGUUGUUCUCUGAUUACAAAGAAGAUCUAAAGCCACUACUUAAUACACUUGGGCUCUUUUUCCAAAUUAGGGAUGAUUAUGCUAAUCUACACUCCAAAGAAUACAGUGAAAACAAAAGCUUUUGUGAAGAUCUAACAGAGGGAAAGUUUUCAUUCCCUACUAUUCACGCUAUUUGGUCAAGGCCUGAAAGUACCCAGGUGCAGAAUAUAUUGCGCCAGAGAACCGAAAACGUAGAUAUUAAAAAAUACUGUGUACAUUAUCUUGAGAAUGUAGGUUCUUUUGAAUACACUCGGAGUACUCUUAAAGAGCUUGAAUCUAAAGCCUAUAAACAAAUUGAUGCGCGUGGUGGGAACCCUGAGCUUGUAGCUCUAAUAAAGCACUUAAGCAAAAUGUUCAAAGAAGAGGAUGAAUAAUAUUAAGCCAUUCUUGAUUAAGCCUGGUAGC